GCAGUAGUCGAAGUGCCUAGACAUAUGUGCAGAUUCCCCGGUCAUCAAAUUCCUCAUAUUGGACUGCCACUUGUCCUCCCCUCAUUCACGCGUGUCCAGAAUGGCUCCUAUACAGAGUCAGAUGAAAUCAGAUACGGAAUCUGCCCAAAGAGCUUCGAACAGCAAUGAAGAGGAUGAAUUUCCGACUUUGAGUCAGGAUGAAAAAGACAUGCGGAGAAUGGGGAAGGUGCAAGAGACUAAGAGAAAUUUUGGCUUGCUUCCUUUGCUAGGAUUUACGACGAUUAUGCUUUGUAGUUGGCAGUCCAUCUUUCCCUUCUUCUUGACCGGGUUCCUAAACGGUGGAGGACCGACGUUAAUAUACGGAUACAUUUUCUGCUUCGUCGGAUCGCUCGCAAUGUGUGCGUCGAUUUCUGAGAUGGCCUCCAUGUAUCCCACCUCCGGGGGUCAGUAUCAUUGGGUGGCGCUUCUCGCUCCUCCCAAAUGGAGUAAAUUCCUCAGCUGGCUGACAGGGUGGGUCUCUGUUUUGGGCUGGCAAGCGGGCUGUGCCUCUGGGACGUUCCUCGGCGGCACAAUAAUCCAAGGGCUCCUUGUGCUAAAUGAUCCGUCGUACAACUACCAACGUUGGCACGGCACUCUGUUGCUGUACGCGGUGCUUCUCGUAACCGUUUUUGUUAACACGAUUGCUGUCCGGGUGCUUCCGGCCUUGGAAGGGGUCAUCCUAUGCGCUCAUGUACUAGGUUUUUUUGCGAUACUGAUCCCGCUCGUUCAUCUCGCUCCGCAGUCGUCGGCUGAUUUUGUCUUCGCGACCUGGUCCAACGGAUCCGGCUAUGUUGAUGGCUUGUCAUGGUUUGUCGGGCUGACCACGAGCUCGGUGUUGUUCAUCGGGUUUGACGGUGCCUGCCACAUGGCGGAAGAAGUGAAGAACGCCUCCAUCAACGUGCCUCGGAGCAUGUUCUUUACCAUCUUCCUGAACGGGGCGCUCGGCUUUGCCAUGAUGAUAUCCAUCCUGUAUUGUAUAGGCGAUGUCGACAACGCGCUGUCAACUCCCACGGGAUGGCCAUUUAUCGAGAUCUUCCGGAACGCAACUCAAUCGAAUGCUGGAGCGACUGCUAUGACGUCUAUUUUAAUAGCGAUGAUAAUAUUCGCUACUUUCGGUUACGUUGCGUCUGCGAGUCGGCAGCUUUGGGCAUUUGCUCGCGACCAUGGGCUUCCGUUCUCGGGCACCCUCGCGACAGUGGACCGCCGCUGGGCCAUCCCAUUGUACGCAAUAGGGCUAACCGCCCUUAUCAACGCCCUUCUCGCAUUGAUCAACAUCGGCUCAAGCGUAGCCUUCAAUGCGCUCGUCUCGCUGGUUGCCGCAGGCUUGUUCUCCAGCUACGUCAUAUCGAUAAGCCUGAUGAUUCGCAAAAGGCUUGUCGGAGAGCACAUCCCAUUUGGACCAUGGAACAUGGGACGAGCUGGGCUUGCGGUGAACGUGUAUGCGUUAUUGUACACAAUCAUCGUUACUGUUUUCUCGUUCUUUCCGCCGUCAACGCCGGUCACAGCAGUCAGUAUGAACUGGUCCUGUGCUGUCUAUGGAGGGACGAUUAUCUUUGGUUUGCUCUUCUGGAUAGUCAGCGGGCGGAAGCAAUGGCGCGGUCCACUCAUAGAUCGAAGGUUCGUCGAGCAGGCGCAGUCCGCUCAGCUCUGAGAUCAUCGGUGACCCGAGAGGCUAGGGGGAGUCAAGACAAUGAGGCCAAGCAGGAGCGCGUACGCUCCUAUUAGAUAUUGGUUUUGGAUUCGACGCUGAGGCACUCUUGGCUCUGUAAUGCGGUUACUGCUGCGGAAGGUCUCGCAUCUUUGUCCAAGCGGCGUAGCACACGAUGGGACGAGGGUGGCAGUGAGAGGAGUCUUGGAUGCUGCCAGGGCCAAGACAGCCAAUCUGAAACUUGUGGGUGUAGGAACAGCGCUUACGCAUCAAGCACG